CAUAAGGUAAUUAGUGAUAGACCAGAAGGGAAGGUGUGACUGGCAUCUUGGAGGUAAAGGCAACUAGAUUUCUACAGUGAAUUUAUUCAUUUUGUACAUCAGCCUCUGUCUUCCAUCUGUCACCCCACUUUGCCUUGUGGGGAAAAUUGCACUCACUGAAGGAAUAUUGUGUGAUUAGGGGGGAUAUGCAACUGUAUUUAUGUGUUCCAGUUGUGAGCAGCAAAUGCUUUCAUCCGUAUGCUGAUGUAUUCAGGAAGUGUAAACACUUGAGUGUCCCUUUAAAUACUUUCUGCUGCAGUCUGGCUUUUGAUAAAGAUACUAGCAGAGGACUGGUGGGAAAGAGGAAUAUAUUUAAAACCUUGCUAUCAAAUUGCAGCACAGAGCUGUUAUCACUCAAUGUGCUCUGUCCUUAAGCUCUUCUGAAAAUUUAACAAGUCAGCGGAAGUACAGGCUGCUUCCCCCAUAAUGAAGAGAUUCCUCUGCCAGGAAACUUCAAGUGAUCCAGGCCUGCUUAGUGUCUGUACUCUGUGUGACGGCGAUUCCGACUCUGUACAUCAAGAUCAAGCAGGCAGUUCCAGCCCCAGAGAUGAUGAUAACAAAGAAAACUAUCCGGACAACACUGCUGUCUUAGAAGAAAGGCAGCUGCCUUUGCAAGAUACUCAGCAUCACAAGCAGCAGGCUGUAAUUGACUAUGCUCUAAAGCCUGAAAUGGGUAACUUGAAGCUGAGAAAACCUAAGCCCAUUGCAAAGCUAGAAAAUGGAAAAAGCCAUGAGGAAAGUCAGGAGCUGGAAAGUGCAUUGCCAGGCCUCCCAGAGUGGCAGGGGAAGGCUGGAUCCUCAGCUAAUGACUAUGCACAGAAUGUAGCUUUAAGAUGCCAGGAAGCAGUCGUGAGAUUUCAACCAAGAAUAGAUCAGAACACAUGCAUUUCACCAAAAGAAGCAACUGAGCAAUUUAACAGCUUAAAUGAGAAUUCUUUAUUGAAGCUACAAGCCCUUGAAACCGAUCUGUGCUCUGCAUUUCUGCCAACCCAGGAAGAAACACCUCAGCUGCCGGCAUCCAAGGAUCCAGCCCCUUCAUCAGCCCAAACCAGUGUUCAAGCUGAUGGAGCCAGCAGUGGAGAGCCUGUGCCAGCUCACAGAGACUGGCAGAAUGACAUGGACAGCAGCCCUCAAGAACAUCACUCCCUAGGGACCAGUCGACUGCUGUAUCACAUUACAGAUGGCGACAAUCCUCUUUUGUCACCACGCUGCUCUAUCUUUAGCCAAAGCCAGAGAUUUAAUCUAGACACAGAGUCUGCCCCUUCUCCACCAAGUGCUCAACCUUUCAUGAUGCCAAGAAGUUCUUCUAGAUGUAACUGUGAAGACUGCAAAGAACCACACACAGUAGCACAACUUACCAAGCAUCUUCAGAGUCUCAAGAGAAAAAUUAGGAAGUAUGAAGAAAAAUUUGAGCAAGAAAGAAAAUACCUGCCUUCUCAUGGUGACAAGACUUCCAAUCCUGAAGUUCUGAAAUGGAUGAAUGAUUUGGCCAAAGGUCGUAAGCAGCUCAAAGAGCUGAAACUAAGAAUGUCAGAAGAGCAAAACUGUACCUCUAGAGCACCCCAAAGAAAUGAUCAUAGUGAAAGCACUGGGACCUCUAAAGAGGCUGGGACACAGGAAGCCACAAGCAUGGAACCAGGUCCCUCAGUAGAAGAAACCAUGGACAGUGUAUUGAGAAGAUUAAAGGAGAAAAGACAGCACUUCAAUCUUCCUGAGACUAUUAAGGUAACUAAGCAAGAAAAGAAUCUCAUGAAACCUCUUUAUGACAGAUACAGAAUUAUCAAGAAACUUCUUGUCACUCCAUCUUUGAUCACAACAAUUCAGGAGGAGGAAGACUCAGAUGAAGACCAUUCUCAAAGCAGCCAUGAGUUGUCAUUUGGUCCAAUAUCUUGCCUUCCUGUUGACGAGCACCUGUGUUACUCUCAGGAGGAAAGUGAGCCUGCAUAUGUUUCACCUCUGGAUGAAAAGAAGGUUUUCAGGCAAACAGCCUUGUCUAUGUCCAAUUUACAUGAGGCAACAAUGCCCGUCCUGCUUGAACAUCUCAGAGAAACAAGAGCAGAUAAGAAAAGGCUUCGUAAAGCUCUGAGAGAGUUUGAGGAACAAUUCUAUAAACAGACAGGAAGAAGUCCUCAAAAAGAAGAUCGGGCACCAAUGGCUGAGGAAUACACUGAGUACAAGCACACAAAAGCCAAAAUUAGGCUCUUGGAGGUUCUCAUCAGUAAGCAUGAUAUUUCCAAAACGAUUUGAAGUGAAUGUAAUGCUGUGUAUUGUCCUGUAGCAAAAAAGAAACAAAAAACCACAAGCAAACAAGUAAUGAAAAAGAGGAAGCAAUUUUACAGGUCUUGGUCCACUGCACAAUUGUUUAACACUGAGAUUUUCUCAUGCACUUUACCAGUUAUACUAGCUGGGAUGAGGGAGGACAGCAAUAUGCAGGAAUAUUAAGCACAGGUGAGUGGACUAUAGUAUAUAUUUUUUUCCUUUUGAAAAAAGCCUUGAAAUGCACUGUGAGAAUGUUAGAAAUUAAAAGUACACUGAUGUAAUGUAAACCCUCAGUUUGACCUGCUCUUAGUUUAAAAAGGUGCGAGGAAAUACUCUGCAGGUUUUUAGUACAUCUUUCUUAGUACACGGUAAUGUACCACACAUUUCUUACCAGAAUUAACUUGCACCAUAAUUAACUAUUAAUGUUGCUUCUCAAUGUGUAAUUCACUAGAUUAAAAGAAACAAGA